GCAAGAAGAGACCAAGGAUCCUCUCGUCCUCUGGAGUCGGCUCCCCGGUGACACCUACGUGGACACGCUGCUCCUGUUGUUGUCCCUACAGCCAUGACGCUGCCACACAGCCCGGGAAAUGCAGCGGAGCCCCAGCCCCAGCAGACCGUGGAGGUCCACAGGCUGGAGCACCGCCAGGAGGAGGAGCAGAAGGAGCAGCGGCAGCACAGCCUGCACAUGGGGUCCUCGGUGCGCAGGCGGACCUUCCGCAGCAGCGAGGAAGAGUACCAGUUCAGCGCCGCAGACUACGCCCUCGCAGCCGCCUUGGCUCUGACGGCCACCUCAGAGACAUCUUGGGAGGCCCAGCUGAGGCGCCGGACUUCCACAGUGGAGCUGGAGGAGCGAGGGCAGAAGCGGGUGCGCUUCGGCAAUGAUCUGGAGAGGACAGACAUCGCCCUCCUGCGGACCCAGUGGUUGCUGCGCCAGAGACGUGACCGCAAGGCGCUGAGACGGCGGACCGAGGAGAAGAUCCGGGAGGCCAAAGAGCUGAGGGAGCUGUGUUCCGGCCGGGGGCCCUGGUUCUGGAUCCCACUGCGCUCCCACGCCGUCUGGGAGCACGCCACGGUCCUGCUGACCUGUACGGUCCAGGGCUCACCUCCACCCCAGGCCACCUGGUACAAAAAUGACACGCGAAUCGAUCCUCGCCUCUUCCCUGCCGGAAAGUACCGAAUCACCAACAACUACGGGCUGCUGACCCUGGAGAUUAGGAGAUGCACCACGGAGGACUCAGCCACGUACACGGUGAAGGUGAAGAACGCUUACGGCCAGGCCUCCUCCUACGCCAAAGUCCUUGUCCGCACUUACCUGGGGAAGGACGCUGGCUUCGACUCAGAGAUCUUCAAAAGACUGAUGUUCGGCCCCAGCGUGGAAUUCACAUCGGUGCUAAAGCCAGUCUUUGCCCGUGAGAAGGAACCCUUCUCCCUGACCUGUUUAUUUUCGGAAGAUGUAUUAGACGCCGAGCAGAGCAUUCAGUGGUUCCGAGACGGGAGGCUGAUAAGGUCCUCGGAACGCCAGCAGGUCCUCUAUGCAGACCGCCAGGCGUCCCUGAAGGUGUUCUGUGCCUACAAGGAGGACGAGGGGCUCUACACCGUCCAGGUGGCUUCGCGCUUUGGGCCCCGGGAGCAGAGCACCUAUGUGUUUGUGAGAGAUGCUGCAGCAGAGAAGCCCGGGGCCCCAGGCUCCCCACUGAAUGUCCUGUGCCUGGAUGUGAACAGAGACUGCCUCAUCCUGACCUGGACCCCACCCAGUGACACUCGGGGCAGCCCCAUCAUCGGCUACUCUAUCGAGCUGUGCCAGGGCGAGUCUGGGCAAUGGGUGCCCUGCCAUGAGGCCCCCGGCGGGACCUGUCGGUGCCCGAUCCGAGGCCUCGUCGAAGGCCAGAGCUAUCGAUUCCGAGUGAGAGCCAUCAACAAGGCAGGCAGCAGCCUCCCCUCCAAGGCCUCAGGACCGGUUGUCAUGGGUGACCAUGAUGCAGCCCGGAGGAAGACAGAGAUCUCCUUUGAUCUGGGAAACAAGAUCAUGGUCAGCGCUGAUGAUUUUGAAGACUUGGUGACCAUCCCCUCACCCCCAACCAACGUCCACGCCAUCGAGAUCCGUGAGGCCUACGUGGUUCUGGGCUGGGAGGAGCCAAGGCCCCGGGGCAGAGCUCCGCUGACAUACUCCCUGGAGAAGUCAGUCAUAGGUAGUGGCACCUGGGAGGCCAUCAGCACAGAAACUCCUGUGAAAUCCCCGAGGUUCGCCCCUUUGGAUCUGGAGAAAGGGAAGUCGUAUGUCUUCAGAGUACGAGCAAUGAACCAGUAUGGCAUGAGCGACCCCUCGGAGCCCAGCGAGCCCAUCGCCUUGAGUGGGAAGCCAGCUACUCUCCCUCCUCCAGCUCAAGUUCAAGCUUUCCGAGACACUCAGACCUCUGUCUCCCUGACCUGGGAUUCUGUGAAUGAGGGCCCGGAGCUCCUGGGUUAUUACAUCUACUCCCGGGAAGCAGGGUCAUCUGAGUGGCAAACGGUUAACAACAAACCCAUCCAGGGCAACAAGUUUACGGUUCCUGGGCUGAGGACAGGGAAGGAGUAUGAGUUCUGCAUCCGGUCUGUCAGCGAGGCCGGGGUAGGGGAAAGUUCAAUGCCCACCGAACCCAUCAGGGUCAAGCAGGCUCUGGCCACACCAUCUGCCCCAUACGAUUUCAUCCUCCUGAACUGUGGGAAAAACGACAUGGUCAUCGGGUGGAAACCCCCCAAGCGUCGUGGAGGAGGCAAGAUCCUGGGCUACUUCCUGGACCAGCAAGACUCGGAGGAGCUGGACUGGCACCCGGUCAACCAGCAGCCCGUCCCCACCCAGGUCUGCAAGGUCAGCAACCUUCGUGAAGGCCACUUCUAUAGGUUCCGUGCCCGGGCGACGAACUGGGCAGGUGUGGGUGAGCUGUCGGCGCCCAGCAGACUGUUCGAAUGCAAAGAGUGGACGAUGCCCCAGCCAGGUCCCCCGUACGACGUGCAGGCAUUGGAGGUGCGGGCCACCUCCCUGAUGCUGAAGUGGGAGCCCCCGCUCUACACAGGCACCGGGCCGGUCACGGGCUACCUCAUCAAUGUCCAGGAGGAAGGCUCUGAGCAGUGGAAGCCAGUCACCCCGGACCCCGUCUCUGGCACCCACCUGAGGAUUUCUGACUUGCAGCCGGGGAAGAGUUACGUGUUCCAGGUGCAGGCUGUGAAUUCAGCUGGUCCAGGGCAGCCGUCCAUGCCCACUGACCCCAUUCUCCUGGAGGACAAGCCAGGUGCCCCAGAGAUCAAGGUGGGCGUGGAUGAAGAAGGCUUCAUCUACUUGGCUUUUGAAGCCCCAGAGGCCCCCGACUCCUCCGAGUUUCAGUGGUCCAAGGACUACAAGGGCCCACCGGACCCCCAGAGGGUCAAGAUCCAGGAGGAAGUUAACAAGUCCAAGGUCAUCCUGAAAGAACCUGGCCUCGAGGAUUUGGGCACCUACUCAGUGGUGGUCACCAAUGCUGAUGAAGACAUCUCAGCGAGCCACACGCUGACAGAGGAAGAGCUGGACAAGCUGAAGAAGUUGAGCCAUGAGAUCAGAAACCCAGUGAUCAAGCUGAUCUCCGGCUGGAACAUUGACAUUCUCGAGCGAGGGGAGGUUCGGCUUUGGCUGGAAGUGGAAAAGUUAUCUCCGGCCGCUGAGCUGCAUCUGAUCUUCAACCAGAAGGAGAUCUUCAGCUCACCGAACCGCAAAAUCAACUUUGACCGAGAGAAGGGCCUGGUGGAAGUGACCAUCCAGGAGCUGUGCGAGGAGGACAAAGGGUCGUACACGGCGCAGCUGCAAGACGGAAAAGCCAAAAACCAGAUCACCCUGGCGCUGGUGGACGACGAUUUUGACAAACUUCUGAGGAAGGCAGAUGCUAAGAGAAGGGACUGGAAGAGAAAACAAGGUCCCUAUUUCGAGGAGUUCUUACAGUGGAAGGUCACAGAGGACUGCCAAGUGUUACUCACAUGCAAGGUGACCAACACCAAGAAGGAAACCCGCUUCCAGUGGUUCUUCCAGAAGAAAGAGACGCCCGCCGGCCAGUACGACCCGCAGACGGGGGCGGGGCUUCUCUGCAUCGAGGAGCUGUCCAAAGAGGACAUGGGGACGUACAGAACGGUGGUUUCUGAUGACCGAGGGGAGGACGACACCAUACUGGACCUCACAGGCGAAGCCCUGGACGCCGUCUUCACUGAGCUGAGCAGGAUCGGUGUCCUCUCUGCGACCCCACUGAAAGUCCAGGGGACCGAGGAGGGGAUCCGGAUCUUCAGCAAGGUCAAGUACUACAACGUGGAGUACAUGAAAACCACCUGGUUCCACAAAGAGAAACGCCUGGAGAGCGGCGAUCGGGUGAGGGCUGGCACCACCCUGGAUGAGAUCUGGCUCCACAUCCUGGACCCCAAAGACUCAGACAAGGGCAAGUACACCCUGGAGAUAGCUGCUGGGAAGGAAGCCCGGCAACUCUCGACGGAUCUCUCGGGGCAAGCCUUUGAGGACGCCAUGGCUGAGCACCAGAGACUGAAAGCCUUGGCCAUCAUCGAGAAGAAUCGUGCCAAGGUGGUGAGGGGUCUGCCGGAUGUGGCCACGAUCAUGGAGGAUAAGACCCUGUGCCUGACCUGCGUCAUCUCAGGAGACCCCGCCCCUGAAAUUUCUUGGCUGAAGAAUGACCAGCCUGUCACCUUCCUUGACCGCUACCACAUGGAGGUGAGGGGGUCUGAGGUCACCAUCACCAUCGAAAAGGUCAACAGUGAGGACAGCGGGCGCUACGGCGUCUUUGUCAAGAACAAGUACGGCUCGGAGACGGGCCAGGUCACCAUCAGCGUGUUCAAGCAUGGGGAGGAGCUCAAGGUGCUGAAGGAUAUGUGAUGAGUGACAGCCUGAGGUCUAGUCUGCGUGGACCAGCAAGGUCAACCAGUGAGUCACAGCCUGGCACAGACCCUGGGGACAGGGCAGAGGGGAAAGGGACAAGGUAGAAAACAGGACAUGGGGCUGGGACAGAAGGGACACACCACGGCGGAGCAGCAAAGACCUUGCUGGGGUCCCGAGAGGCCUGCAGGAUGGUGGGGUCGGCCCUGGACUUGGAAUGAGACACCUACAUGUGAGACCCAGCUUCACAAGCACUCUCCACGGGCCUUGCCUUGCUCAUCUACCAGAUGGGAAUUCCUACUCCUGGGGAUCAUUUAUGAACACCCUUUAUAAACCCCACACCGGUGGUGUCUGUCCUCAACCUGGAGGACAAAAGGCGAUGUCCACAUUUUUGGUUGGCACAGCUGGGGGUGUCUGUUGACAGACAUGUCUAUCGGUAGAGGCAAGGGGGCCGAGGAACACCGCAGCUCCCCACCCCACGGACUUCUCCAGCCCCAAGUGCAAAUAGUGCCGGGGCCGUCAGCCCUGCCGGGGAGCCAUAGGGCCCAACAGCCCUCUUCUGGGGCACUCUGUUUUUCGUUCCCGAAAGUUCCACAGACAUUCAGCGUGUGCCAGGCUGAGGGAGGCGCUGGGAGCACAAAGACAAAUAAUAUCCAGGCCCGGCUCUCAGGAGGCUUCGGCCCACCAGGGAGUCAGGCCUGGGCGCAAAGGCUCCGGACAAGGCUGAGGCCAAGGGUUAUAAAACUGCAACAAAGUGCCACUGGUGGUCACGGGGGAGAGGCAGAUGUUUGUCCCACAGGGACGAGGACUUUAAAACCCCUUCACAGAACUAGCAGAAUUGGGUUGGACCCUGAAAAAUGAGUCCAAGUUGGCAGGGGUGAUGGGACGGGGACAUUUCAAGAGUGGGGCACGGUGACAGCAAAGGCAAGGGGUGGGGGGACGUGGCCCCGGUGGCGCUGAGUGCCAGGCUGGUGAGUUGGAUGACCUUCGGGACUGCUCCCAGCUCGGGGCCUCUGCCUGCUGUGACAGACACCAGGUGGCCUUGCUGGAUGGACCUCAAUUCAGAGCUGGGCAUUUCAACACCCUCCAAUUUCCCUGUUAUUAAAAACAAGAUUUGGACUGGGUGAGGUUUAUAAAGUUAUAGAUGUUUGUUGUGAAAUGUUGGAAAAUCGUGAAAACCAUAAAGGAGAAAAUAAAAAUCACCUAUAAUCCCAACUCUGGAAGAUAACGCACCUCUGGUUUCUGAAAUGACCUCUGAACUUCGGGGUGAAAUGAGCCGCUCCUGCCUCCACCACCUGCACACGCACCAGGCGUGCUGGGUAACUUACACCCCCAGCUCUUGUUCUGGGCUCACGGUGCAGUCAGGCCAGGGGUUCAAGGGUGCGGGAGGGAGGCAGGGCACCUGAACAUACACUGGCUGGGGACGGGUAUGGGGCACUGGGCAGGUCUUAGAGGCAAACACACUUCGGGCAAUUCUGUUCCUUUCUCUUGUCCUCAAUUUCCCGCCUAUAAAUAAAGAAGGCUGAGCCUUGGGGAAAUUAGCGUGUCCCAAUGCGCCAGGGUUGCAGGUUCGAUCCACUGUCAGGGCUCAUACAAGAAUCAACCAAUGAAUGUAUAACAACAAAUCAAUCUCUCUCCC